GUCACCAGGCAUCAGGUCAUUUGGCUCACAGCGGGCACCGCGUCAUCUGGCAAGGCAGUGGGCUCCGAAUCAACAGGCACGACAGUGGGCACCGGGUCAUCAGGUACCGGAUUGUCUGGCUCGACAGCGGGCACUGGGUCACCAGGCAUCAGCGGGCACUGGGUCACCAGGCAUCAGGUCAUUUGGCUUGCCAGCGGGCACCGCGUCAUCUGCAAGGCAGUGGGCACCGAGUCACCAGGUACCGGAUCAUCUGGAUCAACAGCGGGCAUCGAGUCAACUGGCCUAAUAGGAUCAUCAGGCUGGAAUCAGUUCAUCAUGCUGGGUAGAGGCAUCAGGCCGAGUAGAGGCUUCAGGCCGAGU